AUGCCAGAUGUUCAUUGCUACGGUUAUACUGCUUGGGAUCCCGUAGAACAGGCAGUAAUUAUUGCUUUUGAGGGCACCAGUACUGGCUUUCAAAUGACUGAUGAAAUACUCAGCUUCUUUUUCCACAAGGUCGCUUUCUUUGAUAAUGGCUACUUGUUCAAAUAUUUCCAUGAUGCAUUCUUUUUCUUAUGGAACGGAGGUCUCGAGCAACAAGUUCGAACGCUUAAAUACCAAUAUCCAAACUAUAAAGUCUACAUUACCGGGCACUCAUUGGGAGCAUCGAUUGCGUCAAUAACGGCAGCAUAUCUUGUGAAAUGGAAUAUGUGGGCCCCAAAUGAUGUUAGACUGAUAACUUAUGGGCAACCAAGAACCGGUGAUUACGAUUUCGCCGUAUGGCAAGCUGCUACAUUUCCCUAUUCUUAUCGCGUUGUUCACCACCGGGACCCUGUGCCUCACAUACCUCCGAGGCUAGGACCGGACAAUGUGUUCCAUCAUCGCUAUGAAGUGUGGUACAACAAUGAUAUGGCUGUUGGACAGCCGUACACGAUUUGCCAAGAAGCUGACGGCGAUUACUGUAGUAAUACUGCACUUAAUGGAGAAUCUUGGGAACACAUGUGGUACUUUGACCGCGAUAUUGGCGAAUGGGGAGUGAACGGAUGCCCGUCAAAUUUUACAACAGCGAAAACACCAAUUUAA